ACUUGGACAGCCCAAGAUGGUGGAUGAAGACCCCAAGGGAAUACCAGCUUGACACUGGAAUUGAGCCGAAAACAUGGGACACAACAAUCAGAAGUCUGGAUGACCUGAUAACACACAACCCAGACACACGGGAUUCCAUUGAGCUGGAGGAUCAGAGAGCCUUUGUCAGCCUCCUGACAUGCCUUCUAGAUACAGACCCAGAGAAGAGAAUCACUCCGGGGAAGGCUCUCGAUCACCCUUUUGUAACAAUGGUCCAUCUGGAAGAUGAAAUAGACACCAGCUUUUAUGUUGAAGAUUCUUUAGCGAAAAUGAGGAUCUUACCAAUGGACAACAUGGACCUAUUUCUUGACUGUGCGGCUGAGGAAGAGCCCAAAGAGGAAGAGCCUUCGGCCAUACCUCGUCAUACAGACGCAGGCUCAGUCCUUCCUGGCUCCUGUGAUGGCAUUAAAAACAUGCCUCAGUCUUCUGAAGGAGCAGAAGCUGCUGCAGGAAUAGACACUACUGGCUCGGCUAUAAAGGAACCAACUGUUAGCCAAGGUGCAACCGGUCCAGCUGAGGAUGCAUCGGCCAGUGGCGGGUCACCCGAUGAAAGUCUGCCUGCUAAAGUCAAGAAGAGCCCGCUGAAGAGAGUCCGAAAAUUCUUUGGCAGGGCAAUAAGGACCAUUUUACGACUGAAAAAAGUCAAUAAAUAAAUGCUGGAUGUCAUAUUCAUAUCAGUCAUACUUUUUGGAGGAGGCCAAGUGUGAAUGGUUGUUAAACCUCCUGGGAAGGGAUGAAAGGAUGGCAUUAUCCCUCUCUCUCUCUCUCUUUUUCUCUUCCCCUCCUCUCUUUCUCUCCAACCCAACCGGUCAAGGCAGAUGGCCAGCCACCCAGAGUCUGGUUCUGCUCAAGGUUUCUUCCCGUUAUGAGGGAAUUUUUCCUCGCCACUGUCGCCAAGUGCUUGCUCAUGGGGGAAUGUUGGGUCUCUCUGAAUAAUAUUGUAAAGGGUACGGGUUAGACCUGCUCCAUAUGAAAAGAGCCCUGAGAUUACUUUUGUUAUGAUCCCUUCUUAACAACCAUUCACACUUGGCCUCAUGUGAUUCAAAAAAACUCAGUCAUUUACACUUCGACUCAAUAUUUGCAGCAAAUUAUCACAACUACACAAUUCUUUAAUCCUUUAAAGAAUUCUACAUGAAAUAACUUAAAAUGGUUACUUUCAAAUGUGUUUGUGUGUUUUGGAAGGAUGAGAUACCUUAAAAGAUUACACUUCAGUCUAUCCAUCAGGCUACUACUACCUCUUACCUGAUUUCCAUUCAAUUUGCUAUGAAAUUCAUGUCCCUGCAGAGGACUAAUCUGCAUUUCUUAGUAACUAUGAAACCUUUUCAUUAACAUCACGUCAAAUUUUCCCAUUGACAAGACAUGACAUAAUCACGUCUCGAUGUUUAUCUUGUUUUGAUUACCAAGCACUGAAGCUGUCUUACAUUCUUAUUUUAAGCUGGUAAAUUUGUAUUGCUUUUCCCC